AUGGGAUGUAGUGGAGGCAGAGUCAGGUUCAACUUUGGGAAGGCGCUGUCCAAAGCCUCGGUGUUUUUCACCAUGGUCCUGAUCUUCACCUACUUCUUCUACUGCCUCACCGGAUUGUGCGACUCGGCUCCGAGGACCCUGUACACCCAGCGGGGGGUCGACGGGGACUAUGACGCUCUGGACGAACUACGACCAGCUCGGAACCGCACUGACUCCGCGGAGGCACCGGGGAUGGACGCGCCAGCGGGACGCAUCCCCGUGUCCAACACCUUCGAGACCAAAAGGUUCCCACAGGCGAUUAUAAUCGGCGUGAAGAAAGGAGGGACCCGAGCUCUGCUGGAGUUUCUGCGCAUCCACCCGGACGUGAGAGCGGUCGGUUCUGAGCCACACUUCUUCGACAGGUUUUAUGAUAAAGGGCUGGAGUGGUACAGGAACCUGAUGCCUCGGACACUGGACGGACAGAUCACCUUGGAGAAAACCCCCAGCUACUUUGUCACAAAGGAGGCUCCUGGCCGUGUCUGCACCAUGAACUGCCAAACCAAGCUCAUUGUGGUGGUCAGGGAUCCUGUGACCCGGGCGGUGUCUGACUACACCCAGACACUGUCCAAGAACCCAGGCCUCCCAUCCUUCCAGAGCCUGGCCUUGAAGAACUCCUCCACAGGUCUGAUUGACACCACGUGGAGCGCCGUGCGCAUCGGCCUCUACGCCAAGCAUCUGGAGAACUGGCUGCAGCACUUCCCCCUGUCUCAUUUUCUGUUUGUCAGUGGUGAGCGGUUGGUUAGCGACCCGGCCGGGGAGAUGGGCAGGGUGCAAGACUUCCUGGGUCUGAAAAGGGUUGUUUCAGACAAACACUUCUACUUCAACCAGACCAAAGGUUUCCCCUGCUUGAAGAAGCCUGAGGGGAGCAGCAGACCUCGCUGCCUUGGGAAGUCAAAGGGCAGACCCCAUCCCCAGAUUCCCUCCGAGGUCCUACAGAGACUGAGAGACUUCUACCGGCCCUUCAACCAGCACUUCUACCAGAUAAGCGGACAAGACUUUGGGUGGGACUAA